UUUCCAAACGCCCGCCCCGUCAAUGGAAGAGUUUCUUUUUUAGUUGUUCCACUUCUUGCUUAAAACGAGGAUUUAACUCGCAGAAAACUUUUUUUCUUCUUUUUUCUUAAAGCACCUGUGAGGUUUUUGAUUGAUGUUGAACACGCGAUGAGGUGCAGUUUGACGUCGGGGAAGAAUGAUAACGAGACACUCGCCUCCUCCUGUUCACGUCCACGUCCCUGAGACAAGUCCGGUCCAUGUCCACGUGAGGAGGAGUCCGUCCAGGACCCCUCAGGACAGGACAAGAGAUGCUCAGGUGAAAGGCGAGCGCGGAAGGUCAAGAGGUCGCGCUCCUUGGAUCCCUCCUGGAAUAUCGUCAUGGCGACCAGACCAGAGGAGCAGCCGAGGGACGUCUGACGGCGUCCGCCAUGGCGGCGAGCAUCAGGAGGAGCGGACCGACGCUGUCAACCUCAGCGACCUUCUCAAGGAGCAGGAAGGUCAGCGUUUCACAAGAGGGGACACGGCGGGUCAUUCCACGGACGUCCUGCUGAGGGCGCUGGUGGAGGCGGAGGUGGACGGCGUGGCGGUGGCCAACCAGCUGCGCACCCUGCAGGAGACGCUGGAGCGCCUGGGUCAGGACAAGCGUCCGUCCAGACUGCAGAUGACCUCGCUGGGACGCCAGCGUCGCCUCCUGCUGGAGAAGAUGGAGAUCUUCGACAACACCAACCACAGCCUGAGAGAACUGAUACGGGAUUGGACAGAAACUGAGCAGCGACAAUCGACGAGACUUUUCGAGGAGAACCGCGCCUUGAAGACGAGACUCGCCGACUGCGAGGCCGACAACAUGAGACUGGUGUCCAAGAUGGCCAGCAGAGACCAAGAAGCCUCGCAGCUGGCCGACUCGCUGGCCUUCGAGAAGGAGCACGCCAGGACCUCGGAGGAGCUGGCCAGGAUCCUGGGCUCCACUCGGGACCACUUGGAGUCACAGCUGAGUCGCAGUGAGGCGGACAAAGCUCACCUGGCCGCUCAGCUUCAGCGCAUGCAGCAGAACUUCCAGCAGCUGCGGGGAAACGAGGAGCAGGCGGCGCUAACUCUGCUGACUCAGAGGGCCGAGCGGGCCGAGGACGCGUCCCGGCAGCUUAGUGACAGACUGCAGGACAAGGAAUCCCAGCUGGCUCAGGCUCUGUCCACGUGCAGCGAGCUGCGUUUGCGAAACGCCAAGGAGGCGUCGGCGAGGAGCCAACUCGAUGACGAGGUCGCCGCCUUAAAGACCCAGGUGAGUGAGUGUCGCAGUCAGCUGCACGUCGCUGACCAGAGAAGUCGAGCAGAGAGGGAGGAGCUACUGGAUCAACUUCAUGCUCUGAGCGCCGAGAAGACGUCCAUCCUGCUGGACAAGCAGACUCUGCAGGCUGAGAUUAUUUCUUGUGAGGAAAAAGUCAAAAAGUUUCAAGAUGAAAACUUUCAAGUGAAGACGUUGCUACGGAAACAAGAAGCCAUGUUGGACAAAUACAAGAAGAAGGCGCAGCAUGCAGAGAGAGAGAGAGAGGAGAUGUGUGUGAAGGUACAUGAGGUGCAGCAGGAGGUGUGUGAGAACAUCAAGUGUCAUGAAGAGGACAAGCAGCAGAUGAUGCUUCGUCUCAGAGAACUGGAGAAGUUUCCAGAAAGGUUGAAGAGGAGCGAGCAGCAGCUGAGAGAAGCUCGGGAGGAGGCCGACGCCCACCAGAGGAGGAGCCAGGAGCAUAACUCCGCCCUUGCUGAAGUGCGAAGCAAGGUGGAACAUCAAGGAUGUCAGCUGGAGAACUUCCAGCGUAGGAACCUUCUUCUGCAGCAGGACAACAACCUUCUCAACGACAAGAUACACACCUUGGACAGGAAGCUGGAGGAGGUGCAGCAGGAGAGCCAGCAGGUGCGUCAGGCCCUCAGCCUGAAGGAGGCCAGCCUGCUGGGCGUGGAGCAGCAGCUGGAGGUCAAGGUGCGCGAGUGCGGCAUCCUGAGCCGGCAGCUCCAGCAGGCCCUGGACGACGCCCGGCAGCAGGCGGACGACAGCGUGCACAGAGUCCUAGUCAAGGAGAGGCUGUCCCAGUCCAAGGCUCUGGACCUGCAGGGCCAGCUGGGCCGAGCCGAGGCGGAGCUGAGUCAGCUUCAUCGCAGCAAGGAGGAGAUGGAACGACGCUUCCAGAACCAGCUGAAGAACCUGAAGGAGCGCCUGGAACAGUCCGACUCCACCAACCGCAGUCUGCAGAACUACGUGCACUUCCUGAAGACCUCCUACGGGAACGUCUUUGGAGAGUCCUUGCUGUCGUCCAGCUGACAGGCACCCUCCUUCAAAGUAAAACACACAUAUAUUUGUCAUGAUCAUGGAUCUCAUCAAGGUGUUCAAAGUCACUAAAACUAUUUCAACCUGA